AUGUCGAUCGACAUCCAUUGGGACACGCUUGUCGGUGGCCCCGACGGCCAGGCUUCUGCCGAGGCGGUGCGCAGCUUCAUCCACGACCGCUUCCAGCAGGUCACUCUGCCACGCUUCAUCCGCUCCGUCAAGGUCCACUCGUUCGACUUUGGCAGCGUUGCGCCCGAGAUCGAAAUAAAGGACGUAUGCGACCCGUUGCCUGACUUCUACGAGGAGGACGAGGACGACGACGACGCGCCCGACAAUGACACCACCGACGCACCCGUGACCGGCGCGCCGGGCGGCGACGCUGCGAAGGCGUCGCGGGAGCGCAAGCAGCGCCCGAGAGACGAGAGGCCCCAGGACGAGCCGCGAUGGAACCAUGCGCGCCCGCCGCCAAUGGAUCCGCGGCUCACGGGGCUGCGCACUGGACUGGCCCUCGGCGAGCAACUGGGCAACUCCCUCUCCCGGGAGCCCACACCUGGCAUUCCGGGUGGUACUUCGAACAUGAGCUACUUCCAUCUCCCUCUCGGCGCCGGUCUCUCAGGUACUACUACCCCCUUCGCCGCCGUUGCCGGCGCACAGUUUCAGAACGGAUGGCAUGACUACAAUCAUGCGGACAGACCGCAUACACCGCGCGACCACUCAGCAUCAAUUAGCUCCAACACGCCGUCCACCGCGGAUCUGGAUUCGCGCCCGCAAAGUCAGCACGAACGCGGGUCCGGCUCGGACGCCAACGAAUACCCAAAGCAGCGGCGCGACAGUGACGGCGACGAGCCGUCACCGACUCCGCGCCUGCAAGAGGCUAGCCCCGAAGAUCUACAGGUCGUUGCGCAUGUACGUUACUCAGGAGACGUCAAAAUGGUGCUCACUGCGGAAAUCCUGCUUGACUACCCCAUGCCAAGCUUUGUCGGGAUACCACUCAAGCUCACCGUUACCGGCCUGACGUUUGACGGGGUCGCGAUCCUGGCUUACAUCAAGAGGCGAGCGCACUUUUGCUUCUUAUCUCCAGAGGAUGCAGAGGCUCUGAUUGGUGCAGAGCCAAAGCAGGACAGCCUGGCUGACGAUCCUGCGACAACCAAUCAAAACUUGCGCCGGCCGGCUCCCGGCGGCCUUCUCGAGGAGAUCAAAGUGGAGAGCGAGAUAGGCCAAAAAGAGCAAGGAAAGCAGGUGCUGAAGAACGUGGGCAAGGUCGAGAAAUUCAUCUUGGAGCAAGUUCGCCGCAUUUUCGAGGAUGAAUUUGUCUACCCAAGCUUUUGGACAUUCCUUGUCUGA